UCGUCGGACGCAUUUCAAAGAUACGCCAACCCAAGUCAGAGUUUAUUAGCCGGAUGACAUUAUUUUAUUUUCACUUAUAAAAAACACUUAAGGGGAAUAGGAUAAGUAAUGGAAUGUACUAUCACGAUGCGUGAGACUUCCUCACAAUAUCGUAUUCGGUUUUGGUGAUCGGAGAUUUUAAUUUGUCGCUGCAGGUCACUGAGAAAAGGGAAGCAUUUUCAAUCAUGGAUAGAACAGAAAGAAGGCUCUUUGAGGGUGAAGGUCGCUGGAUAUCCUGGAGAAAUGUAGUUGGGUUUUGGUGGCUUGGGCUGUGCAACAACUUCGCCUACGUGGUGAUGCUGAGCGCGGCGCACGACAUCCUGAAGCAGCAGGAGACCAACGGCACCGAGCCUACAGCUGCGCAUUCCUAUCACCUGGAUCGCGGAAAUAGCAGCAGCAGCAGCAGCUACGACUGUAACCCUGUUUCCACUGCGGCGGUACUUCUGGCUGACAUUCUUCCCACUCUCCUCAUCAAAGCAGUCGCACCCUUCUUUAUCCACCAGCUCCCUUAUGGGUUCCGUGUGUUGAUGUGUAUUGCCACGGCAACCGCCAGCUUCCUGUUGGUGUCAUUCUCUUCCACCGUGGCCAUGAGUAUUCUGGGGGUGGUGUUCGCUAGCAUUAGCUCGGGGCUGGGAGAGCUGUCUUUCCUCUCCCUCACAGUCUUCUUCCCCAGGUUUGUGCUGGGGGGCUGGGGCUCUGGUACCGGCGGAGCAGGGGUGGCUGGGGCACUUCUGUACUCAGCUUUUACUCAACUUGGCCUCUCGCCGCGGGAAACCCUGCUGGUUAUGCUGGUGGUCCCCAUUAUCAUGGCUGCCAGCUAUUAUUUGCUGCUGGUGUUUCCGGCCUCAUUCCCACAAUGGCAUUGUGUGCCGGAAGAAGGUCACCUGACGACGCCGAACGCAAACCAGGAGAGACGCCCCCUGGUGAGUGGCGAGGAGGACGAGGAGGACGAGGAGAUCAGGGAUGGGGAAGCACCAGCAGAGGACAGCCAGGGCCCACUGACCUACAAAGACAGACUUGCCAUCUUGAGAGAUCUGCUGCGGUUUAUCAUUCCACUGGGUGUCGUCUAUUUCGCCGAGUAUUUCAUCAACCAGGGCCUGCUGGAACUGCUGUACUUUCCAGACUUUUCCCUGUCCCAUGCUGAGCAGUACCGCUGGUACCAGACUAUCUAUCAGAUUGGUGUGUUCAUCUCCCGCUCCUCCCUGUUUUGUGUGAAGAUCCGCUGGGUUUGGUUGAUGUCAGUGCUGCAGUGCAUCAACGCCAUGCUGCUCUUCUUCGCGGUUUAUUACCACUUCCUGUCCAACGCCAGCCUCGUCUUCGUGAUAGUCGCUUACGAAGGACUUCUGGGGGGUGCCGCGUAUGUCAACACCUUUCAUUUCAUCAGCAAGGAGACUGGAGACCGGAAGCGGGAGUUUGCCAUGGCCGCUGCCAGCGUGGGAGACAGCCUCGGCAUCGCGCUCUCAGUCGCCCUCUCCUUCCCCGUCCACAACUACUUCUGCUCCCUGUGACCCGUGGAGCGAAUUUAUGACGCUGUCCUGCCGUUUACCGUUUACAUUCUGUGCAGCCCAUUCACUGACAAGCUGCGCCCUGUUACCCACUAACACGCUGCUAUUUCUCCAUUCUCUGACCAAUUCCAUUAAUGUCGCUUAGCACUUUGAAGCAAAUUUUUUUGAGGAUGGCUGAUUCCGUCCGAGUCUUUUAUGUUAAAACAAAACUCUGAUCACACACUAGAGAGGUUUCUGUUGUGGAAUAAAACUUGUCUGUUCCCACUAA